GGUGGAAAAUUGGUGGGAAAGUAUUGGGGACCAAGCAUUUAUGUAAGAAGAUAUUUUAUUUGACUUUGGGUCCAUCCUCAUCCAUUCCUUUCCACCUUCUCGAGCAAGUUUCACUCGCCGACUUUCCCCCCUCCUUUCUCUCGAGCGACCAUCCCCUCCAUCAAUUUUUCCUGCAGCCUUGUUUUCUUUCUCUUUGCAUUCGCUGCUCCCAUUUUUAAUUCACUUUCUCUGCAGCCCCGUCUUCGUUCAAUCCCCCACCGAAAACCAGUUGUUCCCCACUCACGCUUCAGCCCCACUAAUCCCUGCUCACCACCGAAGCAUCCCUCUCUCUUCAUGUCGUUCCACCGAAGUCCCUUGCACCUUCAACGAGUCCAACGCCAGCGAGCUGCUUCCUUCGUCCAUCUCCACGUCGACGCUGCAGCUCCACUUCGGUCUUGCCACGCCAGUUGAAGCCCAGCGAAGCCACAACAGCCCACGCCUCGGUCAGCUCGGCGAUUAUCUCAGCGAGUUGUUGACUCCUCCACGCGUCCGAGUCACCACCAACGCAGCUGCUUCACUUCCUCCUUGAUGAUUCCUUCGCGGGCCGCGCCAGACCACGUUGCUGCUACCAGACGUUCCAGCUUCUGUCAGCGACGCCUGCCCGUGAUUCCUCUUCAAUCUGCCAGCUUCUCUAUCUACUUCGUUCAACAAGCGGAGUUGAAGACCGCCGAAGGAAGCCGCACGUUCCACCGAGAACUACCGUCCACCGAGCUCUCUUCCCCUGCCACGUUUCGGUCCAUUUCACCGGUCAAAACCCAGCUGAAAACCGCUGAAGAUUGACCGAAGAAAUCCCCCACCGAGCGAAGCUGCAUCUCGUCCCCUUGUUGCCAGCGAAGCUCGAAGAUUCCAACGCACGCUAGCAGCUGCUUCUCCAGUUCGUGGGCCAGCCGCAGCAGCCCAGCCCGCGCAUGACACCAGCUCCAGCAGUCUUCGGUCUUCUCCAGCGGCGUGCCCUUAGCCCAACACUUUCAGUCAUUUGGGCCCAGUAAAAUUCAGUCCAGCUGAGGGCCAUUUCAAGCCCAGUCGAAUUACUUCAGCUGCAGCCCAGCCCAGUCCACGUGAGUUAAUUGGCCAAGCCCAAUUUCCAGCAAAGCAAUUGAAGUCCAGCCCAUAUCUUGAAGCCAGUUCAGUUUUGUUUCAAGCCCAUCUCAGCCCGAGUUUCAAGUCCAACAUCAUUUGUAUUUCAACGAGGCCCAGCAAGUUCAGCCCAUCUUGGGCCCAUGAAGCAAGUCGGCCCAAGUUCGGCCCAAGGCCAGCUUUUGCUAUGGGCUUGCGAGGCUUGUAGGCCUGGCUCGAGUGUCUAUCGUUGCCGCCGAAAUUUUGGAAUUCGGCCGCCGUCGCGGUUUUCGAUCUUCGCUUUACCAAGAAAUUCAACCGGGAUGGCCGGUGACCAGAAUUUCGUGCUGAUUGUCGUGGACCCGGAUGAUGAGCUUAAGGAGGAGGAACCUGACGAGGAAAACCCUGAGGAGAAAGAACUCGAAGAGGAGUAUCUGAAGGAGAACCCCAAGGAUGAUCCAGAGUAGGAUCCUGAUGUCUAUUGCUGUAGAAUCUAAUUGAGUAGAAACCAACCUUUUUAGUAUGGUUUGUGUAUGUACAUGUAUGACUGAGUCAUUACAGAUGUACAUAAGGGUGUUGACUUUCAGGUUAAAUUUUCUAGUCCUAAUCUAUCCCAUUGUUUUAUUGU